CCGUCAACAAGUUCCUUACAACGUCCCCUUUGGUUAACAAGGUCAAGUUGCUGAUGACAAGACAGAGCAGCGGCGCGGUAGGAAACGGCGCGGAGGGACAUGAGAGCACCAGCCCUUUGGACUGCACCCCACGGGCGUCGAUGACGAUGGCUGUGACAACGUCUGCGUUACCGAUGCAGCCGAUCUACGUUUCCGCGGGAUCGUGCUCCGCCGCCGACGUCCCAACGAAUCUGCAACGCCGGCGACUAUGGCAACUGCAGCAGGAACCGCAAGAAUCAUCCCUGGCGCGGCCGACGGACACGGCCGCGUCCUCGUCGUCCAUCCUCGAUGAGCCUGUCAGAACCCCGCUCUCUACGAACGUUCUCCUGUCCCUGCCAGCUUCACCGAAACGAUCCUCGGCGAGCCAUUCUUCGUCCAGCAAGACGCCUAUAUCGAAAUCGCAGAUGAAAGAAUUUAGGGAGGCCUUCAGGCUGUUUGACAAGGACGGCGAUGGAACUAUCACGAAAGAAGAGCUCGGCAGGGUUAUGCGUUCCUUGGGACAAUUUGCGAGAGCGGAGGAGUUGAGAACGAUGUUGCAGGAAAUCGACAUUGACGGUGAUGGAAACGUCAGCUUCGAGGAAUUCGUCGAGAUCGUCAGCAAUAUCGGCGGCGCGAGCACGGCGGCGCCCACAGAUCAACAUCAGGAAGAGCAAGAAUUGCGAGACGCCUUUCGGGUGUUCGACAAACAUAAUCGUGGGUAUAUCACUGCGUCAGAUCUUAGGGCGGUGCUGCAGUGUCUGGGAGAGGAUCUUUCCGAGGAAGAGAUCGAAGAUAUGAUUAAGGAAGUGGACGUGGAUGGAGACGGUCGAAUUGAUUUCUACGAAUUCGUUCACGCUCUCGGCGAGCCGGGAAUCGACGAAGACGAAGAGGAUGAUGACGAGGAUCUGCAAUCUCCGCUCUUCUAAGAUCACGUUUAUUCUCACCUCUCUGUUAGAUAAGACAUACCGAUACGGGCAAAAGCGAUGUGCAAUCUUCGCUUUCGCGAAGUAUUCCUUCUCUCGCGUUUCGCAAUCCGUACGAGUAUGCGAUUGACAAACGGAACGAGGCUCAAUUUCGACUUCGUAAAUUCCGUUUACGUUUCAUAUUAAUUCUCAUCCUUAUUCUCAGAUUUCGAAUCAAAUUUUAAUGCUGGAAUGCGAAGGUCUCGCUAAGCGCAUUGUGAAUAUAGAUUACAAAGAAAAAAAACUUAAAAAAUAAAAAAUCUGCACUGAGCUAUCGUUAUCUGCGCAAUCAUCGCGGGUACAGCACAAAUUUUCGAUGUAUACUAAACACAUACGUCAUACGCGAACCAAAACCCCGUCGACCGGGGGAUUUUCGAUAAAUCACGAGUUUCAUGACUCGAUGGCUCGUGUGACACCUGAUUUAAUUAACGGUCACCAGUCGUCCGCUGAUGAACGUGAAAUAUGUGAACGUUUCGAAUCAUAUCUAAUUCUAAAAAUUAUACCUGUAAUCUCU